GAUCCUUCCACUCUAUUCGUAGAGCCCCCAGGCACACGGUACAACAUCACCUUCCCCCCCACCGACCCAUCCACACUUCCAGAAGAAUGUUCCCCGUCACGAUCGGAGGGUGCGACUCCCCCCCUACCAUGCCCGAGGGGUAUGAACUCCAUUCCAGUGACACGGUACUGCAGCUGGUCGGAAUUAUGGCCAGCCCCGACCAUCCCCUGGAGAAAUGCUGGCCAUCCUUCAUCUCGGAGCCCCUCACGCACCACGACCUCCUGUACCGCGUCCCCUACUUCUCAAAGUAUCAAUUCGUCGUCACCCACAACGGGAGCCCGGUUGCGUACGCCAAUGCGGUACCCUUCCACUGGCCCGAGCUGGAGGAGCACGGGCCGCAGGAGCACGGGAGCGAGGGUUGGAAAGCCGUCAGCGAGACCCUGCCGGACGGCGGGUGGAACUGGGCCUGGCGCAGCGCAAUGUCCAUACACUUUAGCAACAACCCCACCACAGACUUCCCGGAAGCGGAGAUCUACGCUGGACGCAAGGACCUGGUGGGCAAGCAGUCGAAUACCAUCUGCACCCUCGGCAUCACCAUCGACCCCGCGCACCGCAAGCGUGGCAUCGCCGACGCCCUGCUCCAGAACUACAAAGACCUCACGCGGGUGUGCGGCUACGAUGCCAUGAUCGUGCCCGUCCGACCCACCCGCAAGGCAGAGUUCCUCGACGUCAAGAUGGAAGACUACGCCUCGUGGGUCAAGUCCACCUCCGCGGGCGCCGACGACGAGCCAUUCGAUCCGUGGGUCAGGACACAUGUGAGACUCGGUGGGCGGGUCAUCAAAGUGUGUCCAGAGAGCAUGCACGUCGAGGCCGGCAUCGAUACCUGGGAGAGAUGGGCUGGCGUCCGAUUCGCCCCCGAGGAGGCCCUCCGCGGCAAAGACGAGAAUGGGAGAGCCUACUGGGAUAUUUCCGUCCCUGGCGCACUCGCUCACGUACGCUACUUUCCGGACGCGGAUCGGGGGGUUUAUACCGAACCGAAUGUUUGGAUUCGUCAUAUUUAGUUGUGAUGGCUGAAUUUCAGCCACAAUCCCUCCCUUGGUUAAACGGAGAAUGAGUCCGUGGAGGAUAAUUGAAUGUCUAAAUCUGGACUUUUAUGGAACCUGGGAGAUAAAAAUCUUCAUUUUUUUUUGACCGUGACCCUCUGGAAGAACGGACGGAUGGAGGAAUUAUGACUGUCUGUUUUAUUCUGCCAUUCCUUGUUUUUCGAACCCCCAUCAGUCUACAAUAUCAUAGUCAAUUGCCCUAGCCAAAUUCUAUUGCCUCAUGGCUUCUCACUCG